ACUUCCUAUGCAACAAGUUAAUGCUAGCAGCUCAAAGGGCGCAACAUCUGCCCGUUUCCCGCGCUCGACCUUCUUCACUUCUAGACCCUGCAAAGGAGCGCAUCAUCAUGAAAUUGUCACAUUAGCUGCGCCCAGCUCGCAUUAGGGGCCUGUCGUUGCCUUGCGGACCAGGAAAUGACGGACAACCCCCCAAAGCCCAAGAAGAGGAUUGUGCCGGUGCGCGUAGACCCCCAGGAAGCUAGUGGAUCUGCACUAGGAGCAGUCCCGCCCGUUCCGGGCGCGGGGCAGCGAACUAGCGCACCUGAGGUGGACUACACGAAAGGGCCUUUCACGCUCAAGGGCAGGCGCGUGCGGGUCGAGCUCUCGAGCGACAACUACAUCGUUAACUGGAACGAUCUCCUGAAAAAGGAUGGCGUCGACCCCAAGGCGCAGAAGGCCGCCAAGAAGGCCGCGGCGAAGGCGGCCAAAGCCGCGCCAGCAGGCCCGGACGGGCUCCCGCUCCUCGGCCUGCCGCGGGGCGGCGCCAGCCCCGGGGGCGCCGGUGGCAAGGCCAUGUUUGGCAGUGUGGUCGACAGGCUGGAGCGGACCUACCGGGCCGCAUGCGGCGACGACGACUCGGAUGAGGGUGAGGAGGGAGAGUCGGACGAUGAAGAGGAAGUGGCAGCCUCGGAAGCAGAUGGUUCGGGCGGCUCCAGCAGUGACUCGGAGUCGUCGGACGAUGAGGCCGGCGGCGGCAGGUCGGCGGCGGAGCAGUCAGGGCCGGAGGGCGAGGGUGGCGGCGGCGGAGCCGCAGCUACAAAGGCAGGAGGGGCUGCAGGCGCAGCGGAUGCGGGGAUAGCAGGGGCCGGAGCAGCAGGGGCGGGGGCAGGGGCGGCCGCGGACGCAGCAGGUGCGAAGAAGCCGCGCAAGCGGCGGCCGGCGCUAGAGGCGUACGAGGCGGACUUCAUAGACGACGAGGAGGAGCUCGAGUAUGAGCGGCGGCGCAAGGCCAAGGCCAAAUUUAAGGGCUUUUACAUCAACAAGGGCCAAGUCGAGCUCGAGGUGGACCCAGAUGAGCUGCCGGAGCGGCCCGGUGCCAAGCGCCAGCCGCGGCCGCGCGCGCCACCGCCGCCAGGCGCCAAACCCAAAGCAGCCGCGGCUGUCGACGGCACUGCGCCGGCGGGAGGCAGCAAAGCCGCUGGCGGCGGCGGGGUGGCUGCUGGCCCAGGCAAUGCGGCAGCGGCCGUGGGUGCAGGGGCGGGCUCGGCUGCGGCUGGAGCCGUGAGCACGCCACAGAAAGCUUCCAAGCGGAAGGCGGAGGGCGACGGGCAGCCGGUGGCGAAGCGGAGAAAGCAGCCAGCUGCUCAGGGCGAGGGCAAGGGGGCGCCGAAGUCGCCGGCACCGGCAGCCGCGGGCGCAGCAGGCGCAGGGACGACAGGGCAAAAGGUUGCCGGGGCAUCAUUGGCUGUGCCGGAGGGCGCUGCCGCCGCGCCACGGUUGACCGGCAUUGCGGCGCUGGCUGCAGCCAAGGGGCGGAGCGCCGCCGCCAGUGCGGCGGCGAAUGCGGCAACGGCAGCAGGUGCGGGGGCGCCUGGGGGUGCAGCGGCGGCGGCAGCACCGGUGGUGGCAGCAGCACCGGCGGCGGCGGCAGCCGGCGGACAGGGGGCGGGGGCGGGCGCGGGGAGCUCAGCGGGGCCCAGCGGCUCGCAGCCGCCGGCUGGCCGUGGAAUACCGGGCCGCCGGCCGGCCUCUGCGGCUGCCUCACUGGACCCCUUCUUGUCUGAAGCGCGCAAGAAGCUGACAGCCAUGCAACCACCGCCUGCGGAUCUGGCGGCCGUGCUCAAAGCCAUCGACAGCGUUUUCGUCCAUGUCGCACUCUUUGUGCACCGGAAACAUGCGAACGACGAGGCAGGUCGUGAUGCCGGCCUUGCCUCGCUGCUUGCCAUCAUUGCGGAGCUGGCUCCGACGGCGGUGUCGAUGGAGGGCGCAGCGCGGGAGGAAGCGAUGGCGGAGCUGCGGGCGGCGGCGGCGAAGAAGGUGGAGAAGAACUGGAACGCCUUUAACGGCAUGGUGGGCGUGCAGCUGAAGAAGUUGGCGGCGGAUGCGGCGGCCGCGGAGCAAGCCGCGUCACAGCAGGGCGCUGCUGCAGGCGGUGCCGGUCAGUCCGACGACGACGAGUUUGUGGCGUCCGCGCCGCCCGCGGUGGCGGCGGCGCUGGAGGGGCUGGAGGCCAAGCUGCGUUCCUGCAUGAACCUGUACAAGCGGCUAGCCAACACCGACGACGAUGACGCCAUCCUCGGAUUGCUGGCGAACAAGGCAGACACCAACGUGGACCUGUUGCGGCGAGCCAUGGCCGCGGCCAAGCCAGCGGGUCAGCGCAAGCGCGUCGGCGGCGCUGCCGCCGGUGGUGCCGCCGGCGCUGCAGGCGCAAAGGGCGCCAAGGAGGAGGCGGCGCGGCAGGAGAGCGGCGCCUUGGGUGCGGAGGCGGCGGCAGCGGCGCCACCGGCGGCCGGCGCUCCAGAACCCGCUUCGCAGGCACCACCAGCUCCUGGGAAGGCGCCGGCGCCUGCCACAAGUGCAGCGGCAGCAGCGGCCAAGGUGCAAGGUUCGCAAGGAGCCGACGGAGCUGCGGGCGCGGCUGCGGAGCUGCAGCACUCCUUCCCGCCGGUGGAGCUGGACAUGCAGCAGCGGCAGGUCUGCAAGGAGGUCGCGCUGCAGCACCCGGGCGCUGAUGCGGCGCUGCUAGACACCACGUUCAAGGCGCCGCGCAUGACCGAAAUGACCCACCUCAUCAUCAAGGUGCUGUGCAACCAGCCCCACGGCGCCACGCCCAGUGACAUCGCCGAGCACGCCCUGACGCGCGGCUUCAUCAGCUGGCCCGCCGGCCGGCCGCGUGGCGACCUGCGACGGCUGGUGGCGUCCAGCCUGAAGACCAAGGUGCUCAGCAACUACGUCGUGCACAUCGGCGCCGACAAGCAUGUGCUGAAGGCGCUCAGACCGGACGCGGAGGCCGUGCCGCGGCCGUCGCGGCAGCCCGGGUCCGCCGGUGCCUCGCCCGCCGUCCUUGCGCCGCCGCCCGGCGCCGCUGCGGCCGUGGCUGCAGCCACAACAGCCCCGCCGCCGGCCUUCGUGCUGCCGCCGGACGACUCGGACACCGGCGGCGGCGAUGCAGAGCCUGGCGGAACGCAGGCGGCAGCGGGCGCGGACGGCGCGGCUGGUGCGGCCGGCGGCGGGGAGCAGGAGGAGGCGGGGCCGCUGAGCAAGGAGGAGGACGAGCGGCAGCUCAAUGAGUGCUUCGAGGCUGCUGAAACGAGCGGCGCCAACCGGCAGCAGCUGGUGGAGACGGCCAAGCAGGUGGAGCGCUCCAAGAAUGCGCGCAUCGUGUUCAAGGUGCUGUGCCAGGCCGGGCCGCGCGGCCUGGGCCCCACCGACAUCGCGCGCAAGGCCCUGGAGCUGGGCUACGCCGCCUGGUCGCGCGACAAGAUGCCCAGCAACAGCAACACCGUGUCCAGCGUGCUACGCAGCUACAGCAAGCAGUUCCCUUACAUAGGCAACCACCUGUACACGCUGGCGCUGUUCCCGGGCGUGGUGCCGCAGGCCAAGCCCUCCAAGGCUGAGGGUGCCGGCGGCAAGGGCGGCGCCGGCGGCAAGGGUGCCGGUGGCAGCAAGGGCGCGGGCUCGGGCGCGGCGGCUGCGGCGGCUGGGGAUGCCGGCGCGUCGUGAGUGCGCCGCGUCCGGAUGGGCGGAGCGUUAGCUAGUGGCGGUGUCUGGCCAACCGGUGGGUUUUUGCAGGUGUUGCGGCGUGAGAGCGGCAGGAGGCCGACUGCGGCAGGUAUGUGUGCUUUAUGUUCUGGUUUAGGGGGGCGACGUGGGGGUGCGAGCACCCAGUGAAUGCGAGUUCCCCAUGAACAUUGAUGCAUGCAAAUGCGUUUGUUCCCGGACGGAUUUGUUUGGAGUUUGGACUUCAUCGGAUUAAUAUACGAGUUCGGCACAUGUCGAAAGCUUAUCGAUGGUAUACUAGUGUGCGCACUGCACACCUGCUGCGCGAGUGCGAAGCCAGCGCUCGGGUGCUAAAGCAGGUGCCCAACCACACGGUACAGCUACUGUAUGAGCUGGGCCUGCAAGCAGGGGCAGGGCCAAGUAGGAUGGGGACUGCGGGGGCGCGGGGCAGCUGGGGGGGGGCAGCAAUUAGGGGUUCAGGGGAAUACGUGGAAGCCCCGGCAGCAAGGCUCUGAAUUGUAGUGCUUGCUCGUGGCGGUUGGCAGUUCCGCUGGGUCUGGUGUGGUGCAGUGCACUGCCCCGGUGCCGCGAGAGGAGUGAAGAGCACAGUGUGGAUGCGGGGUGGCGACGGCAUCUGGCAUCCACAGUCCUAGGCUCUGUCGUGGCAGGCUGCGCCGUGUGCCAAGCCCAGGUUGUGCGCGUUGGCUUGGGGGCCCAGCGUCCUGCCAUUACACCCAUCUGACGCUAUCGGCUUUUCAGGUGGGCGGUGGGCGGUCAGGCCCGUCAAGUCCUGUAACUUUACGCAUUUUAGGUCCUGCUCCAUGGGGGCUGCAGGGCGCAGGUACAAGGCGUCAAGGCGUUGACACGCACGCAGCCUGUGCGAAGCAAAGGCUUUGCAGACGUGCAGGCUUGCAUUCGCCCGUAUUCGCCCUUAUGCACGCGUGUGCGGUGUUUCCACGCUGUCGCGGUCGCGGCCCGCGGGACCACAGCGGUGGUGCACUACCUGGCGAUGCCUGUGAAAUCUGUGUGUAGCAUGCGGCACGACACUGCGGGCUUUGGCUUGCCUGCAGCCCCACCAGAGGCGGUGUGUGGCGGGAGGGCGCACGUGAGCCAGCUACCACAGGCCCCGUACACCCCCUCGUUGGUCUGCUCCUGUCCGUCGGCCCUUGUCAAGAUCGUGUAAAUACGUCAAUGC